AUACUCACUCACCACCAAUUAACCGAACUUAUCUUAUUCUUCCCCAUUCUCAGUCUCUCUCAAAUAAUUCUCAUUUUUCAAAUCCGAUGAUUUCUCACGCUAUGUUAGUUCUAUUCAUUCUCUUUUCCUCCGCCUUACUAGGACAAGGAGCAGCGGCGGCGGCGGCGUACGUUCCCGUGGAUCUCUUUCUCUUCAACUGCGGCGCAAACUCCGACGUCACCGACAGUGGCCGGAAUUGGACAGCGGAGAAUCGGAAAACUCUGCCGUCGAACUCAGCCGACGCGUCUUUCUCUUCAGAUGCAUCGUUCCAAGAAUCUGGGGUUCCUCUGGUUCCAUACAAAACGGCUCGAAUUUUCCGAUCUGAUUUCACUUACAGUUUCCCAGUCUCUCCCGGCUGGAAAUUUCUCCGGUUAUACUUUUACCCGACCCGUUAUGAAUCCGGUUUCGACGCCGUCAGUUCCUUCUUCUCCGUCAACGUCAACGGUUUCACUCUCUUGAACAACUUCAGCGCUGAUUUAACGGUUAAAGCUUCCAAACCGGAAUCAAAAUCUUUAAUCAAGGAGUUUAUCGUUCCGGUUCACCAGACGCUGCUAAAUCUCACCUUCACGCCGUCUAAUAAGUCAACGUUAGCUUUUGUCAACGGAAUCGAGAUUGUGUCCAUGCCUGAUCGGUUUUACUCAAAGGGAGGAUUUGACGACGUCAUAACUAACGUUGGUAGGGACGUUGACUUCCCUAUAGACAACACGACGGCUUUCGAGACCGUUUACCGGUUAAACGUUGGAGGACAAGAGGUCGACGACGACGGUGACACCACGGGUAUGUUACGACGAUGGCUUUCCGAUGAUGAGUUCAUACUUAGUGAGAAUUCAGGAAUCAAACCGGAGGUGAAGGGUGUCACUAUAAACUACACGGAGAAAACUCCGGCUUACGUUGCGCCGGAUGACGUGUACAAGACGUCUCGUUCGAUGGGGAACAUCGACAACCCUGAACUCAACUUGAAUUUCAACUUGACGUGGCUCUUCACAGUCGAUUCCGGGUUUUACUACCUCGUUAGGCUUCAUUUCUGUGAGACUCUACCGGAUUUGACCGCACGGGGGCAACGGAUCUUCUCUAUCUUCAUCGAUCAGCAGAUGGCCAAACCUGAAACCGACGUGUUUUACUUGAGUGGUGGUUCUCGGAAACCGGUGUAUCUAGAUUUCAGUUUAUUUAUCGGUAACGAAAUUGGGCAGAGACGUGAUCUACAACUUGACUUGCAUCCUCUUAAAGAAGUUGAUCCAAGGUAUUAUGAUGUUAUUCUGAAUGGUGUAGAGAUUAUCAAGCUUAAUGACUCUGGUGGUAUUCUCGCUGGUCCAAAUCCUAGUCCUACUACAUCAAGUCCCACGCCAAACUCUGUUACGCAGGAUGUAAGAAAUGGCAAAGGCAUGUCACAUGUUUUGGUAAUAACACUUGGAGUUGUUGGUUCCGCCGUUGUGCUAGCAAUGUUUCUAGUUGUUGUUGUUCUUAUCAUAAAAAGGAGAAAGAAUAAGAAGAAGAAGACAAAUGAGUUGAACGUGGAUACCAAGAGUAAGCCUAAGGACUCGUGGACUCAUCUUCCCCUUGUUACCGGGUCCUCGCAUACCAGAUCAGCCACAUCUCUCCCAUCAGAUCUCUGCCGUAGAUUCACAAUCGAGGAAAUCAAAUCCGCCACAAACGAUUUCGAGAAAGAGUUAAUCGUUGGAGUAGGCGGGUUCGGUCCUGUUUACAAAGGACGAAUCGAUGGUGGAACCACGCUUGUGGCUGUUAAACGGUUAGAAAUAUCAUCGAACCAAGGCGCUAAAGAGUUCGAGACAGAGCUUGAGAUGCUCACAAUGCUCCGUCACAUACAUCUUGUUUCCUUAAUCGGAUAUUGCGAAGAUGAGAACGAGAUGGUUCUUGUCUACGAGUAUAUGCCACAUGGCACACUUAGAGACCAUCUCUACAAGAGAAACAAGGCUUUUGAUCCUCCGUUAUCGUGGACACGGAGGUUAGAGAUAUGCAUCGGAGCGGCUCGUGGAAUACAGUAUCUUCAUACAGGCGCGAAGCACAUGAUCAUACAUAGAGACAUCAAAACGACAAACAUACUUCUUGAUGAGAACUACAUAGCUAAAGUCUCCGACUUUGGGUUAUCAAAAGUGGGGCCUACUAGUGCCUCUCAAACGCACGUCUCGACCGUAGUUAAAGGUUCGUUUGGUUACUUGGACCCUGAGUACUACCGCCGUCAAGUUUUGACGGAAAAAUCUGACGUGUACUCCUUUGGAGUUGUUCUGUUCGAAGUUCUAUGUUGUAGACCGGUGAAACUCGAAAAUGUCCCACGAGAAGAAGCAGAUUUGGUCCGAUGGGUGAAGUCAAAUUACAAAAACGGGACCGUUGAUCAGAUCGUUGACGCAGAUCUGACGGCUGAUAUUACUCAUGUAUCACUGGAGAAGUUCUGUGAGAUCGCCGUGAGAUGUGUUCAAGAUCGUGGUAUCGAACGGCCACCGAUGAAUGACGUCGUCUGGGCGCUUGAGUUUGCGCUUCAGCUUCACGAAACUGCUACGGCUAAGAAUGGCGUGGACUCUCUGGAUCUGCCGACACGUGGCGAGGUAGGUACGACGACUGAAGGAGAAGAUGACUUGUUUAGUAGGACUACAGGACACGUGUCGAAAUCUACCAUGACGACCAACGAUGAUGAGAAGAGCGGAUCGAGUUGGGGAGUAUUUUCGGAGAUCAAAGAACCUAAAGCACGGUAGAUUGUUUAAUAUGUUGUAUCAUGUACGUAAUUGUUUGAACAAAACAGUAUAAUUUAAGUUUUUCUCUUAACUA